AUAUCCCCAAAGUAUCCCAAUCCGCUCUGGUCUAGCCCUCUUUCUUCCGAGCUUCGCUUCCCUCCUUUUCUCCAUCUCUAUCCCUCUCUUUCUCCAUCUCUCUUUCUCUUCCACCCUUCAAUCCAAGCUAUCAAGGUGAGCUUUGCUUCUCAUCAUCAUCAUCAUCAUCAUCUGUGAGUUUGUGAUGCAAGAAUGCUUGAUGUUAUGGAGUUAAUGCUGAAGUUGCUGCAAAAUGGCUUGAAAGUAAAUUAGAUUAUGUGACUUAAAAAAUUUAAUGGCUGAAGCAAUGGAGGUUCAUUCUCCAGUAGAAGAUGGUGGCAAUGCUAGCUGGGUUCCCAAGGUUGAUAUGGAAUUCAAAAGUGAUGAGGAUGCUUAUAAAUUCUACAAUAACUAUGCUAAGCAAAUAGGAUUUAGUGUUCGAAAGGCUUGGAUAAAUCGAAGAAUUUCAGGAACUAUCAUUUCGCGGACCUAUGUUUGCUAUAAAGAGGGUUAUCAAGGGAAUAGGAAGGAUGAGACUGUGGUCACAAAACCACGAGUGAAUGAGAGAACUGGUUGUCUUGCACAUCUGACUAUUAAGAUUGUGUCAAAUGGUAGUUACAGGGUUAGUGAAUUCCAUCCAAUGCACAACCAUGAGCUUGUUCCAUCUACAAAGGCUUACUUGUUGAAGUCUCAUAGAAUUAAGAAGUCUCGAACUUUGGCUGGAAAAUUGGUACCACGAAAAGGUGCAGUUGAGUACUUAUUUAGAGGAGCUGGUGUUCAUCGGCAAGUUGCUUUCAUUUCAGUGGAGGAAGCUGCUAGUAAAAGCUGGGCUCCAAAAAUUGAUAUGGAAUUUGAGAAUGAUGAGAAGGCAUAUGAGUUCUAUAACAAUUAUGCUAAGAAAAUCGGCUUUGGUGUUAGGAAAGCUUGGGUCAACCGCAAAGCUUCUGGGAUUAUUGUAUCGAGGACAUAUGUCUGCUAUAAAGAAGGUUACAAUGGGAAUAAAAAGGAUGGAAAUCAAGUAAAGAAACAUCAGGCCCGGCCCACGGAGAGGACUGGUUGUCCUGCUCGUAUGAUGAUCAAGCUUACAAAGAAUGGUAGAUAUCAUGUUACUCUUUUCCAUUCACUGCAUAACCAUGAGUUUGUUAUGUCAAAAAUGUUGCACACAUUAAAGUCAUGCAGGGAUGCUGCCAAAUCUCUGAUUACUGCUGAAAAUGAAAAAGAUGAUUGGGCUUUGCAACCUGAAGUUAUCCAUGAGGUUGUGGAUGGACAGGAUGAAAUUCGGAAGAAUCCUUCUUGUUUCUUAAAAUAUGAAAAUUCUUCACACACAAAGCGUAAGGUCAAUUUGAAACUAGGUGAUGCUGGUGCAAUUAUGCAAUACAUGCAGGAAAGGCAAGCGGAUGAUCCUUCAUUUUAUUAUGCCAUGCAGGUUGACAAAGAAGAUCAGAUUACCAAUGUUUUUUGGGCAGAUUCAAAAUCUAUAAUUGACUUCAGUUACUUUGGGGAUGUAAUUUGUUUUGACAUGACAUACAAAACUAACGGAUACAGUAGACCAUUCACAUCAUUCCUUGGUAUAAAUCAUCACAGGCAACUCAUUGUCUUUGGUGCAGCAUUUCUCUGCGAUGAAAGCGCUGAAUCUUUUAAGUGGUUGGCGGAUACAUUUAAGACUGCAAUGUAUGGAAAGCAGCCAAAGGUGAUUCUCACUGACCAAAAUUUGGCAUUGAGUGAAGCAGUUGCUUCAGUUUGGCCUGGUACAACUUGCCGUGUUUGUGUAUGGCAUAUAUAUAAUAACGCAAAAAAGUACUUAAAACAAGUCUUUCAAGGUUCUAGGACCUUUGCUAGUGCUUUCAGCAGAUGUGUUUUUGAUUGUGUAGAGGAGGAUGAGUUUAUAUUGGCAUGGGAGGAAAUGUUAGACAAGUAUGACCUCAGGGGUAAUCAGUGGUUAAGUAAACUUUUUGAUGAUAGGAAGGAAUGGUCUUUGGCUUAUUCUCGAGACACAUUCUGUGCAGACAUUAGAAGUGCAUUACGCAAGGAAACCUUGAUAUGUAUGCUAAAAGAACAUUUGGGCCCAGAAAAAGGCCUGUUACAAUUUCUUAGGCAUUUUGAAAGAGUUGUCUAUGAACGAAGACAGGCAGAAUUACAAGCUGAUUUUCAUGCAACUCAGAAUACUCUGAAGAUUGUUUCAUCGCGUAUGUUGAAGCAGGCUUCGAGCAUGUACACCCCUCCAGUGUUUGAGAUGUUUCAAAGUGAGUUUGAGAUGUCUAUGGACUGUAUGGUGCACUGCUCUGGUGAAUUUGAGACGAUAUAUGAGUAUCAAGUUACCUCUGAUGAGAAUCCAAAGGAGCAUGUUGUAAGAUUUGACUCUUUAGAAAGUACACUCUUAUGCAGCUGCAAGAAGUUUGAAUUUUCUGGAAUUCAAUGCCGUCAUGUCCUAAAAGCACUUGAUAUAAUAAAUAUUAAAGAAUUGCCACCCCAAUAUUUUUUAAAGAGAUGGACAAAGGAUGCCAGAGGAGGUGCUCUGCGAGACCCUGAUAGAUUGGCAAUUGAAGCUGACUCUUCGUUAUUUAAAGGAAAUCGUUACAAAUCUCUUUGUCGAAUGUUCAAUAAAGUUGCUGCAAGGGCAGCUGAAACUGUUGAGACAGAUACAUUCAUCCAGUUCCAGUCUGAUCAACUAAUGGACCAAGUGAACCAAAUUUUGCAAGCAAGACCUCCUGAUGAGUUUCAGUAUCAUUAGGAUUUUUACUUUCUCUUCAAAUCUACUAGUUGGAUGCUAGCACUUUAUUCAGCCUGGGAUUUUCAUGGACUACUGUUUGUAAUAAUUCAAUAUCACAGGCUACUGGUGCCGCUGUAUGCCUGUUGUAUCAAUCAAUUUGGAAGUCCAACAUAAUGGGAUUAUCUUGUAAUGUUCAGAAAAUUAUCAUUGUUUGAUGGCAUAAAUCAGUGAGGUUGCUCAAUGGAAGACAAUUUGGGAGCAGCCAAUGAGAAUGAUUCAUGAGAACUACACUCAAAAGGAUGAAGAGAAUUCUUCGCUUUACUGCAUUCACAUUCCAUGCUAGCAUCAGUUUCUGUUUUUAGCCAAGAAGAGUGGCGAGGCUGCUAAGAAGGCAAGGACAUGCAUGAUCCUCAGCGGACCAAGUGGGGCGGAAUCCACGUGCACAUGGUCACUGGCAUCGCUUGUCUACAAUCACUGUUCACCCAUAAAUAAAAACUCACAACUUGUGAAGUGUUUUUAUUGGGACCCAAGUAUCAAUUGACCUCGAGAGUUUUUAGAGUUUUUAUGGGGACUAAAGUAUCAAUUGAUUUCACGGCUAUUGGCAUGCUAGCAUCAGUUGAAGCUCUUGUUUAAGUUUAGUUACAUAACCUGCUACUUCAAAAUGUUAUCCAUGGCAUACUAAGGUCAUUCUGGAGUGAAAUUUGUUAGCUAGAGUCUAGAGAAGUAUUUCAAGGCUCUUAAGUUUCGUGUUUUUUGAUUCGUUCUUUAUUUGUUCUCACCCAUGUGUAAUUGUAUGUCUCUAAUCAGAUGAUUGUCAGCUAUUGUAUGUAAUCUUUAUUAAUUGUAAUUGUUGAUGUUAA